ACUUCCGGCUCUCUGUCAGUCCGGAGCAGGCGAGCGAACGAGCGAGAGGCUGUUGGUCGUCCGGAGCGGAGCAAUGCCUAAAUCAAAGGAACUUGUUUCUUCAAGCUCUUCAGGCAGUGAUUCGGACAGUGAAGUUGAAAAAAAGUUAAAGAGGAAAAAGCAAGUUGUUCCAGAGAAACCUGUGAAGAAGCAAAAGCCUGGUGAGACUUCUAGAGCGCUGGCAUCCUCCAAGCAGAGCAGCAGCAGCAGAGAUGACAACAUGUUCCAGAUUGGAAAGAUGAGAUAUGUCAGUGUUCGGGACUUCAAAGGAAAAAUUCUAAUUGAUAUUAGAGAAUAUUGGAUGGAUUCAGAAGGUGAAAUGAAACCAGGGAGAAAAGGCAUUUCUUUAAACAUGGAGCAGUGGAGCCAGCUGAAGGAACAGAUGUCUGACAUCGAUGACGCCGUGAGAAAGCUGUAAAUCUGAGCCGUAGCAAACCUGGACUGUUGGAGUUGUCUUUUUACAUUGGCUUUUGUUUUCUAAAUGUUGUUUUCCAAGCUGUUGUAUAUUUGGAUUGCAGAACAAUUUGUAAGACAAAUACUUUUUUUUAAUGUGCAUUAUUAAAACGUUCUAAGUGAAGCUAAUUGUCGACUUUAUUAAAGAGGAUUGCUUUGUGCCCCCUACCUAGUGUAAAAUAAAGUCAGAUCAUUACAAUCUUAA